CUGAGGAGAAGGGGAAAAGGACGAAGAAAAAAAAAGGAGAAGCAUCCAAAAAAGCCAUCCCCAUUUUGUGUUUGCACAUCAGAAGGAAAAGGCCACAAUAAAAUAAAAUUAAUAAAAAAAAGGAUUGCUGUGGAUUCUUUUAUCUCUGCAAAUUCAUUGUGUUAGAUCUGAUUCUAAAGUUUCCUUUUUGGGGUGUUUCAGAUACUGCAUGCAUAUACUAUGGGUGCUUGUGUGGGAUGCUAUAGAAAGCCUGUAGUAGUUACUACAACCGAUUUACCAUCAAAUGAAUUGCAAAAUCAAGGUACUGCAGAGUCGGUAAAGAGACCUACCUCUUCAGAGGAUUUCUGGACCACCAGCACACAUGACAUAGACAAUAGUAUUGGUCAGUCGCAACGAAGCAUGUCCUCGAUUGGUACGACAAACCUACCUGUGGCUCUGCCUAGUGCUUCCAAGACCAGUAACCCUGAAGAAUUUGUAAAUCAUGGUCUUAUUCUCUGGAAUCAGACUCGGCAACGUUGGGUAGGAGAUAAAAGACCUGAGAACCGAUCACAACAAUUGCGUGAACCUAAAUUGAGAACUCAUUGUCUGUGCCUUGCCAACAUUUUUUGGCUUUGCAGUUGGAAUGCCACAUAUGAGAGUUUAUUAGGAACCAGCAAGCCGUUCCGGCAGCCCGUCUCUCUUGCAGAAAUGGUAGAUUUUCUUGUGGAGGUCUGGGAACAGGAAGGCCUAUACGACUGACCGGUCGAAGAUUGAGGUUGCGCCUGCGCCGCCUAUUUGGUUAAGUCCCUGAAAUAAUGAGUUAUAUGCUUCAGUUGGAAGAGGAAGAUUGGCAGUAAAUGCAGUUUGUAUAUCAAAAUUUUCAACAUGCCAAUUUUUGGAGGGAAUUUUUCUCUAUCAAAUCCCUUAGAAAGUUGUAUUAUACUUCUUUCUCUUGUUUAGUUGAAUGAUUCUGGCAGUGUCUUUGGUAUCUAGAGGCAAGUUUUGAUGUU